UUUUAAUAUAUUCGGAAGUGGGCUAUCUUAUAACCCGCGUGAUGAAACAGUUUUUAAGUUUCCAGUCUCGUGGAAGAUUGAUUAUUGAAUAGCACCUACGAUAGAACUCAUCACAGUCCGAAACAGUAUUGGCUAGUUCAUGUGAGGCAUGAUAAUCAUACUCUGUGUCUGUAUGAUCUUCGCGGCGAUACCUGGAAGUAUCAAGCUGAGUUUAUCAGUCUUGCCACACUAUCUACGCCCGACCUAUACCCAAAGCUGCGACAGACGCUGGUUUACCGGAUUCUCCAUUCGAACUUGAUCCGAGAUGGACAGUUUAGACUUUAUGUUUUCUACUAUGCUAUCAGCCCGUCCUUUCACAUCGCCGUCAGCUACCGCAAUUUUCCCUAUCUGCAUUGGCAAGAAUUGAAGGAUCCAAGGAUUCCAUCUCCGCAGACAACCCCGCAUUCCCCGCGCUCGGCACAUUCCGAUAGUCCGGCGGAGGCGCCGCUUUUCCGCUGCUCUGCCCUGGAAUGACAUCGUACGAUCUGUGACGUGCUGGCUGUCGAUCAUCGGGAAGAAAGACGCUUAAAUGCAUGGAAUCGCGGAUAAAUAGAUUCCACCGGAGAAGAAAAGCCAUCAAUCAGCCGGUGGGGUUCAGUCUAGCUGGAGUUCAAAUUGCUCGAUGCGUCCGGUUAAGCUAAGGUCCUUCUCUACAAUUUACCGCCAUCAUAACGUACUGACUGUAGCAGCACGGCGAUCUGUUCGGUGUCAAAAUGAGACACCUCCAGUCCCUUCUUCUCCUGUCCAAUUGGGCGCUGGCAUCUUCAGUGUCUAUUCAAGUCUCAUUGAACAGCUCGCGCAGAGUCCUCCGACCAGACCUCUAUGGCUACUCAAUUGAGCCCGUUUCUCUAGACCCCUACCUGAAAAGUCCUCUCGCAUCCACCGUGCUCGGUCACAUUGCCGAUAUCGCCGGAGUGCCUGCUCCGAUCCGAGUAGGAGGAAACAUCGCCGACCAGACAAUCUUCGACAAGACCCUGCCCGUCCCCUCGCAAGCCCUCCCCAACGACACGGUGGUCGACGUACUCAAAGUCCAAGAGUCCUGGUACACCGGUUGGACCGACUACUUCCCCCAAGGAACCAACUUCAUCUACACGCUCAACCUCCGCAAUGAAUCCUCCUCCUGGACCAACGCCAUGCAGCAAGCCGAGGCUGCGAUCCGACAUCUCGGACCGCAACUCUCGCUCUUCGAACUCGGCAACGAAAUAGACCACUACAUCAGCAAAGGCUGGCGCGACCAAACCUGGAACACAAGCACGUACACUGCGCAAUGGAAGCGUCUAACCCACCAACUGACCACGGCCCCAUUCUACCGUAACGCCUCGCACAAACCCCUCUUCCAGGCCGCCGUCUUCGCCGACCCCCCAUGGGUGCCCGACCAACACGACGAGAUCGACGACUUUGACAUUAUCAACGUCACCCGGGCUGGGCUGAUCAACCCCCAUCUGAUCGAAUCCUACACCAUGCACCUAUACCCGCAAUCAAGCUGCGACGCCCCGCGAGAAGCCCGGCUAUCCCUUGACCUUCUCUCCAACCACUCCGUCAUCUGGACCAAUAUCUCCCAAUACAUCCCACAAGUCGCGGCUGCAGAACGCGCCCACUCGCGUCUCACCCUCGGUGAAACCAACUCCGCCUCGUGCAGCGGCCGCAGCGGCAUCAGCGAUACGUUCGGCGCGGCGCUCUGGGCGACAGAUUACGUGCUCGCGGCGGCAAGUAUUGGUAUGGAUCAGGUCUUCUUUCAUCUGGGUCAUCAGAGCGAGUAUUCUGCAUUCACGCCGCUGUCUUAUGAAUACAAGGGUGAGAGUUUGGUAGCGGGUGUGCGGGCUCAUUUUCUGUCGCAUGUGUUUUUGGCUCAUGUUGUUGGGGAUCGGCAGCAAGGUCAGCAGCACAGGAGGAAUCAGAAGGAGGAACAGAAGAAAACAAUUUCCGCACUUCCCGGCGCGGCCAAUUCCUCUGAUCUAGCAGGGUAUGCAGUCUUCGGUGGCCAUGCCGAUCUGGAGAAGCUUGUAUUCGUGGACCUGGGGGUAUGGAAUUCCUCCGAGGGGUUGACGAACCCGUCGACGUUGAGAGCUACAGAUUCGAAUUUUACGUCGGUAGGAGAGAGGCCGACGAGGACGGUGAAGGUGAAGACGGGAUGGACGCCCGGUGCGAAGGUUGAUGUGCUGCGACUACAGGGACCGGGGACGAAUGCGAAGAGUGGUGUGAGUGUGUCUGGACUCGAGAUUGAUGUUUUGACGGGCGCUUUGGUGGGUGAGAAGAGGGAGGAGCAGCUGGUUGUUGGACAUGGUGGGGUCGUGGAGUUUGAGCUGCAACAGGCGGAGGCGAUUUUGUUGGAAAUCUUGAAGGGAGGAAGUUAG